UGGAUGCGAACAUGCGAAUCAACCAUCUAUUGCUCCUUCCAGCUUCCAGGCUCUUCUGAUUUCUGAGUUGGCAACCGACACGAGCGCUUCUCGAACCUUCGCGCAAUGCUCCAUGCAGCAGUACCGUUUUAGCUUGGUUUUGCAAGACUGUUGGGAGUUGGGAGGUCGUCCUUGGAAAGAAGCAGAGCACAGACAGGAGCUCGAGCUCCGUCCGUUCUACGCUGGCACUUCUCGUUCUCGAAUGAAUAGGUGCACUUUCUUUCUUCCUUCCUUUGGCUCCCCCAUAAAAUCGACUCAGACUCGGUGAAAACCAGCAAAACAAACAGCACCGUUUUCUUGAACAAUUUUACCACCGAAACAACAACUCUAAAAUGAUGCAGAGCGCUCAGCGAUCGGGUAAAUGGACGGAGGAGGAAGAGGAAUUUGCUCAGGAAUUGAUGGAUGCAUUCCAUUCAGGACAUCUGGAUGUUGAGGAAGGUGUCAGCCUAAGAAAGCUCCUUGCGAAGAAGCUCAUGUGUUCGGCUAAGAGAGUCUCCAAGAAGUUUGAGGGCACCAACUACAAGGGAAAGAUGCAGUAUGCUCGUGACUACGAUAUUCCAGAGAAAGACGUCCAGGAACGAAAGGCAAAGUUGGACGUCUUGGAGAAAUGUUUCUUGGAGUCGAUUCGGGAAAUUGAAGCUCAGGAAGCAUCUCGCAGGGCUACCAUGUCCAGGUCUCUUCCUUUCGCAACCGGUAACAGACUUCCCGGGUCAUCUUCUUCCUUGAACAACAACACAGUGGCAUUCCCUUCUGCCGCUUCCUUUGGGAGUGCAGCGGGUAUGGCCACUGGCAACAGUGCCGGUUCUAUGGGUUCUUCUUCUGAUUCGGCCUCCUUCGCCCAUCUCCGACAGGCCAUCCUCAAUCAAUCCAGUCACUUGCCUCCCACGAAUGCUGGAUGGGCCGAGGCUGCAUCCGCCUUGUCCGCCGCCUCCGGGGUUCUCCCUUCGCUGUCAAGAGCAUCCGCGCUGUUUGGACGCGAAUCUCUCGCGCAGCCUUUUUCCGCCAACAUGGGUCGCCGCGACUCCUCUCGAGACUCCUUGGCGGCCCUACAAACGUCCCUUGGACGGCAAGAUUCCGUCCCUUCCGUCUCAAGCGCAGCCAGUACCAACCGCGAGGAGAGGCUGGCGGAACUCAUGUUGAGCGGCGGCAACCGGUUUUUGGGAGGCACGGAUGUGCAUCCCAACUCGAUGGCGGCUGCAGCGGCCGCGGCGAGGGCUUCACUCACCAGCAGUCUACUUCCCGGUGGACGUGCCGACCCAAUGCUGAAUGGUGCCCCAGGAUUUGCUUCCAUGCCAGGCAGAGAUCACUUGCAAGCAGCUCUGUCGAGGACAUCUUCCUUCGCCAACAACACUGCAGCGAUGGACUUUAGGUUGCAAAUGGCGCAAGCGGAUAUGCUUGGCUCCUCGCAACCAGCUGCUGCUGCUGCUGGUCUCUCCAGGACGCAAGCCGAAAUCCUGGCGAGGAACCCAGAGUUGGCCUAUUUGCAGCGAGUCUCCAUGUUGGAACGACAGGAGGUGGCUCUACGACGUCGUGCCUCGAGUAUCUCUCAAGGAGGAGGAGCGCAAACCGCACAAGGCAUAUUGGAGCAACAGCUAGCAGGGAAACGCUCGCGUGGAGAUGCUCCUUCGGAAGAGAAAGAUGAUUUCGUUUUGCAACGGAUGGCCAAGAGGGGCAACUACGGCCAAGAACCAUGAUUUAUAACUCUAUACUAGUUUACAACUUGCACAUAUUACGAUGUACGAUAGUUGUUCAAAUGGAAGUAAGCUCGCACUCUGGCUGUGCUUGAUCUUGCUCGUUCCACACUUUCCAAACAGAACAAGACUCACGAGACGCAGUCCGGGCGAGAUUUGCAAACGAAGACAGGUUUUUUCGCGUUUUUUGAAUAGCUGAAAUUGGGUCACCUCUGACUGUUGAGUUCUGCAGUCGAAGGCGCAUCGUCCAAGAGAAACACGGUGCUGGUGCAAUUGACUGGCUGCACCGGUACGGCGCUUCCACUUCUCUCUGUCAAAAGCCACGUUUUCCGUGAUUAUCCCAUUCCAGGUACAAACGAAGCAGGGUAACAAUGAUGGCUUUUACGACGCUGCUAGUACCGUAGGGGACGGCUGCUACCUAUCAAACUCAUUGCUUAGAAGACGCUCAACAGGCAGCAAAGUGACAACGGGACAACGACAGCGGAACCAAAACCCCUUCCAGAUCUCAUAUUCGGCUAGAUUGGUUCAUUCGCGGGCUGCUAGCUGGGGAGGUCGUGCUUCAAGAACUCAGCUAGUUUUGUCAGGUAGAUGUGGUAAUAAAUUGUUUCGUAUACGGUAGAUAUUAUUUUCGACUGUACCCUAAAACAUUACUUUAACCGCAUCUACCGGUACAUUGCAUAAUCAU